UAUCACUUCUGACUUGCUACAAUUGUACGUCCCUUUUGUACGAAACGUAGUCAAUAAAUGAAUCUAUCUAUCUAUAGGAAAACUUAAAUUAACGCUCUGUAUACGAAGUGUUAGUGUUUUCGUUACCAUGGAAACAUACAAAUCGGCUGACGGCUAUUACAAUAUAAAGCAAACCGAGAUGUUUGGCUUCAAACAUAACGAGUGCGUGGGAUUUGAGUCGAGAUGGAAAGUAAAAAAAGUUUCUUCGAGUGCCAGUGCGCAGACCACCAAACAGGAAGGUUCGGAGCAGGGGUGCAACGCAGUCGAGAGAAACAACGUAGAAAUACAAAGCGAAGCAAAGGAAACGGUCAUAAAAGAGACCGAUAUGGAUAAAUUGGCGGGAUGGCUCUCCCGUAUUUAUCCCAGUGUUAGAAAAGAACUCGACUCCGCUAGCAAAUCGAGGGCAUUCAAAAGAUAUCCCCCCUUCCAAACCACAAAUCGAAUAGAGCCUAAAUUAGUGCAAGAACUGGAAAUUUCUUCCAAAGUGGGAGAAAAGGAUAAAAACAAAAAUACAAUUUCGUGCCUAUCUUGGAACCAGACGGGGAACUUAAUAGCAACAUCCCAAAGUGCCAACCAUACGGCUUGGUGCUACCACACGGGUGUGGUUUCGGUUUUUCAGCUUCACAGAAAUGAUAGGUUGGAAGAAACGCCUGUGAGGAAAUUCGAGACCGACAGUUGCGCGACUGCCCUAGAUUUCCAUCCUACCAAUUCUGCGAUCCUAGCUGCUGGAACUCACAUAGGCCAAAUAUACAUGUGGGACAUAUAUAACGAGAUGGAGACGCUACUGACCACUUUGGAUGGUCACGAUGAAGCCAUCACUCAAAUUUCCUGGGUCAGCGACCUCAACAAAUGCAUCGUAUUGGUCAGUUCGAGUACGGACGGGCUUCUCAAACUAUGGAAUUUUAAUUUGCCUCAUUCGAAAUUAAACCUGAGGACGCGGUUUAAAAUAAAAACGCCUAUAUUGGGUAAAAUUAAUCAAACCACCGAAGUUGCCCAAAAUUUACUGGGGCGAGAUUUGGGCGUCGUGUGUUUCGAUUUCUCCACACACGUUCCAGAUAUAUUUGUCGUGGCCAUGGAGGGCGGUCUGAUAGUACAGUGUUCUCUGUUGGGCGCUACACCCCUUAAAGGUAAUACUAAAGACGAACCCUUACUCGAUCCUGUAUACAAGUAUUACGAACCACACCAGGGGGAAGUGACUAGGGUCAAAUUUUCACCAGACCGCAAGGAGAUGUUUCUCACCAACGGCACCGACGGCGAAAUCAGAAUAUAUCUACUAGAUCAGGAUGAGCCGGCGCAAAUCAUCUUCGUUAAGUCUUCUUUGGCCGAUGUGGCCUGGAUACCCAAGGAAGAAAAAUUCUUAGCGGGUUGCGGCUACCAAGUGCCGUUAGAAGUAUUCGAUAUAAUCAAAGGGAAAAAGGUUUUCGAAGGCGAAGGUGGCAAUGCCGGGGGGAAAAUUCUCUCCAGCGUAAGAGUAAACCACAAAAACACCAAACAUGUGGCGGUAGGAGGAAAUAAUGGGCGUCUACAACUAUGGAAUGUUCAGUGGCAGAACAUAUGAAGCAACAAUAAACCAACUUUUUGCUCUAAGGAUAUUUGACUCUUCGCAGCCAAAGCCAAAAUCCACGGAUAAAAUAGAAACGCCAUUUAUAUUUCUUCAAUAAAAACAAUGUAAAUAAUUUAUAACAUUAUAAUAUAGCCUCAGAUUUACUUUUUAUAAAAGUCCUGCGUCGGUUUUUG